AUGUCGCCGCUCCCGCCAAGACGGAUGACGGCAAGAGUGACCCCCUUUAGCAUCAGCGUCUACACUCUCAAGGAACUCAUCCUCAGGGAAUGGCGCGAGGAGUGGGAUGCCAAGCCCGCGAGCCCCAGCAGCAUUCGCCUUAUUCACUUUGGAAAAUUGCUGGACGAUAAGGACCAGCUGAAGCAAUACUCCUUCAGCGCAGAGACGGCCAACGUCGUGCACAUGACGGUGCGCCCCGCGGACCUGAUUGAGGAGGAGGAACCCAAAGGCGGCAGCAAGUCGACUUCUGGUGGUCGCUUGAGCGGCCAGGGCGGUGGCUGCUGUGUUAUCUUGUAA